UUAGAAAUAUGCCUGAAUGUUCGAGAUCCUCCAACAAAUAUAAUGAUCGUACCAGAAAGGCAGGUGAAACCAGAAUGGAGAUUGCCAAAAUUAAAUCACCGAUUUAUCACAAGAUCAGAACUGGAUGAUAUGCCAGAAAAUCGUAUCUGUGAUGUUAUUGGCUUGCUAGUUUUUGUAGGAAGAGUCCAGCGGUCAAAAAAGAAAGAAAGCCGUGAAGAUUAUUGGUCUUAUCGCUGGAUCCACAUCAUUGACGGGACUUCAGAGCUACCAUUUAUAGUGGAACUGUUUUCUACAUCUCAGCCAGAAAUCUUUGAAAAUAUUUACCCAAGUACUCAUUCUUAA